AUGGUGUAUGUCAGAAUCGAGACAAUAGCUCUUGGUAAUGGUCAAGGUAGUCGGCAAACUGGUUCUUGGUUGGCACAUUUAAUAGAAAUUCAACAUUUCAAACCUUUAAAUGUUCGUUAUGCUGUUGUAAGUGAGUGUGGUGCUUCAUAUUACAGUGCGUCAAAUCUAGCUUGUACAGAAUUACCAGAUUUAAAUGUUAGUUUCCGUGGUGCAGUGUCUAUAGCUAGACGUUUACAAGAUCCUUUAGCUGAACUAGUUAAAGUUGAACCGAAACAUUUAGGUGUUGGUAUGUAUCAGCACGAUAUACCAGUCAAUCAAUUAACUUCCGCUGUUCAUAAUGUCAUGGAAGAAUGCAUAAGUUUUGUUGGUGUUGAUUUGAAUGCAGCUCCAUUGCAUAUUUUAUCACGUGUUGCUGGUUUAUCUGAGAUGAAAGCCAAAGCAAUUUUAACAUAUCGUUCACAAAUUGGUCCCUUCCGUUCAAGAGCUGAUCUUCUUAAGGUUAAAGGUAUUGGACAAGCUACGUUCGCUCAAUGUGCUGGAUUUGUACGUGUCAAACCCACAUAUUCUACAACCACUUUAGAUGGGACUAAGGAUGUUGAAAUGAUUUCCAUUUCGAGUGGUGAUGAUGAUGGUGAUGAUUUAACUUGUGAUACUAAAAUAACCAAUAUUUCCACUGGUAGCACUAAACGUAAACAUAUAUCCAAUGAAUUUAACAAGAAACGUAAAAAACCUCGAAUUAUGGAGGUAACAGUUACUGAUCAAUCCGAUGUGAAUUGUUUUAAUCCAUUAGAUCAGACUGCUGUUCAUCCUGAUUCAUAUGAAGUCGCAACAAGUAUUAUUUCAUUGCUCCAAUUAAAUCUGACAGAUGUAGGGUCGGUGAAAAUGAGAGCAGCUGCGACACAGUUUAUGAUCAGCGAAGAUAGAGAUAAACGACUUGAAAAGUUUUGUUCCAAAACUGUUGGACUUGAUACUUUACGUGAUAUUAUCGUAGCACUAACUCGUCCUUUGGAUUUCGAUGAGCGUCAAGACUGUUUUACUCCAUUGUUUCAUUCGACCGUGAUGAAAAUAUCAGAUUUACGUAAAGGUAUGCAAGUGAAAGGUCGUGUAGAGAAUGUCACUACUUUUGGUGCCUUUUGUGAUAUUGGUGUUGAAGAAAACGCGUAUAUUCCCAGACAUGCAUAUCCUCGAAAUUGUCCAACUUCCAACCUAAAAAUUACCAAUGAUACUUCUGCUGGAAUUGGCGUCAGUGACGGCGGUAAUAUUCAUCACAAAAUGUUCACUUUACGUUUGGGUGAUCGAAUAAAAGCUAUUGUUUCGAGUGUUGAUAUUAAGUAUAAACGAGUUGCAUUGGAUAAAGUUUCUGUAAUGACGUAAACAUGAUUGUUGUUUUAAACACUGAGAGAGGAGAUUCAAGCAAACGAUUUUUGUAUAGCAUUUCCACAUUUAUUUUUUUAAUUAACAAUUUAUUUACAUAAGGUUUUGUUAUUGAAUGGUUUCUUCCCGUUGUGUAAUUUACUUUUCUACAUAUUUUGUUUACAGUUUAUACGAUUUAUAAACAACCAACUCC